GUCGCUUCCAUCCUCACCUCACCGCAUCUACCAUCCAUCCCCACUACGGCCGCUGCUGCCAUACGUCAGCCUGCCCUGCCCCGUCGACGAUGACGCCGCCUACCUUCUGGAGGCGCAAGUCGCAGCGGCCCCCGUCCCCACUUCCACCCUCGGAAAGGGAACCCCUGUUAGCCCCUAACAGCGGUAACCCUUCCUCUCCAAGUCGCCCGCUCAGUCAAGCUUCAUCCAAUGCUACGAUACGCAUAGAUUACGACCAUGAUCAGCAGACGACAUCAUCUCUGCGUCAAAGACCUACUCGCGAAGCUCUGUACAGCCUCAUUUACUCUACAGACUCACGGGGCAACCGGUCCACAGCCUACCUCAUCAUCCUCACCCUGUCUCUUCUGGGAGCUCAGAUGGCAUGGUCUCUGCAGCUCUCCUAUGGAACGCCCUAUCUUCUUUCCCUCGGAUUGUCCCCGCAACUCACCUCACUCGUAUGGCUGGCGGGGCCCCUCUCGGGUCUCAUUGCCCAGCCGGUGGUGGGAUGCCUUGGCGACGCCUCCAAUUCCAAAUUCAAGAGACGAUACUAUAUGCUCGUGUCAACUCUAGUUACCAUCACCUUCACUCUAGCACUCGCGUUUGCCCAACCCGUAUCAGAGGCACUCGUCGACCUCUUUGCGCUCGGCCUUGGGGACUGGGACCCAAUCCGGGAGGCCCGCGUGGCCACUGCAACGCGGACCCUUGCCGUAGUCAGCUUCUGGAUCUUGGACUUUGCUCUCAAUUCGUUGCAGGCCAGUGGCAGAGCUUUGGUCCUCGACAGACUCAACGGAGAUGAGAUGGACAGUGGGAAUGCCUGGCUGGGCAGAAUGACUCACGUCGGCAACAUCCUCGGCUACUCUGCUGGGUACCUCGAUCUUUCCCGCCUCAGUAUCCUCUCCUGGCUGGGGGGCGAUCAAUUCCGCAAGUUUGCAGUCAUUGCCCUCCUCGGCCUUGUACUCUCCGUGGGCAUCACCUCUUCCCUGAUCACAGAAUCGUACUCAGAGGCGUCCACCUUCUCCUCUACUCCUGCAAGUUACGUAGAGCAGGCCGGUCCCUCAUUCACAGAGCGCCUCACAACACUAGUCAAGGACAUGAGGGACGCAUUGAGGAGGCUGCCGAGACCUAUCAGGCGAGUCUGCCUUGUUCAGCUAUUCGCCUUCAUGGGCUGGUUUCCCUUCCUCUUCUUUUCGACUACCUACAUUGGAACUUUCGAAAUACCCGGUCGAGGAAGACCGGAGCGGGAAAGAAGGGAAAGAAGGGGUACCGAGGGGAUGUUGCUCUUUGCAUUCCUGUCUCUCGUCUUCGGCACACUGUUACCCCUCAUGUCACUCGCCUCUCCUCGGCCGAGCGACUCGACCACACUCAAGGCUCGCCUUCGAGUCAUCCUCCUCUCUAUAUUACCAUCGUAUCCUUCGGAGACGUCUGCAAAUGACUCAGACUCUCUUCGAGGCAAAGGCCUAUCUCUCAGGACUUUCUGGACCCUGGCAUCUUUGACAUAUGCCCUCCUUAUGUCUCUGACAUUCUUCGUCUCGACGCCAGACCAAGCCAUACUCUUGGUGGGCGCAGUAGGCAUCUCCUGGGCUAUCGCCAGCUGGGUUCCCUAUGCGCUCGUCAUGGCCUUUGUUAAGGAUGCCGAAGAGGGCAACAGCCGCUAUGAAUUCGAAGGUGACUUCUACUCCCCUGGUCGCACUCGGGAGAGAAGGCGGAGCCGAAGAGAGUCGGCAAGCUUCCUUCGCUCACCCGUAGAGACUGUUGAGCCAGAGGUGGAAGGUCCACAGGUGGAGGGCAGUCCAGCUCGAAAGCAGCUGGUGGAGGCCUUGGGCGAGUGUGGAAAGCCUCUCUGGGGUGGUAAUGGGGAGGCAAGUAGGCGAAGCACGAGCAAUGCUUCCGGCUCGACGAUCCGCAAUGCAAAUACAUCGGCUGCAUCGAUGCAGCAAGAUCGAUCGAGACGAAGCAGUCGCCUAGGGAGCGGCUCGUACAUUGCCCGCGGGGCGGACGUGGUCAGAGAGCAACCACUUGGCAGCGGUUCGGCAUCCUCACCUGGCAGGGGUGAGACUGAUGGUCGAAGGAGCAUCUUGGAAGCUGGACAAGACGGUGGCUCUGCCGUCAAUGGUGGGGGCGUUGAUGGCGAUGAGCCGACCAAGGGAGGGACCAUCUUGGGUAUACAUAACGUUGCCAUCGUCCUUCCGCAAUUCGUCGUGUCGGUCAUCUCCUCGCUCAUCUUCAAGCACUUUGAUUCGUCCAGUCCAUCCCCUGUCUCUCUGUCGAUGGACAUUGCCUCUUCGGAAGCUCAAGAAGGUGCUGCUCCUGGUGUGGCGUGGGUGCUACGCUUUGGUGGUCUGGCCUCCCUCGUCGCGGCAUUGUUGACACGGUUUGUCCCGCUGACCAAGGCGGAGAGGAAGAAUCGAUAUGGACCAGAGGACGAGGAUGAGGAAGACUACGAGGAGGGCGACGGGACGAUUGGUGAAGGGGAAGAAGGUAGAGCAUAGAUAUCCCAUGCCAUUGUUCCUCUGUUCAAUUACUCGCCAUCAUGUCAUGAUCUUAACGUAGGCCAGCUAUUCAUCGUAGACGAUUUCCAUGC